GGUUUUAUGAGACCAGAAGCGAGUGUGUAACUUGAAAAACAUGCCUGAAAUCAAACUCAAGCAUGUCGUGUCAUGCAGCAGUGAGGACAGCACUCACAAAGCAGAUAAUCUCCUGAGCUCCGACACGUAUAGGAAAUGGAAAGCUGCGAGACCUGGAGAGAAGCAAGUUUCAGUCAUUCUUCAGCUGGAAAAGGAAGAGCAAAUUCACAGCAUAGACAUUGGAAAUGAAGGCUCUGCUUUCAUUGAGGUCCUUGUUGGACACUCCACGUCAGUCAAAGACCAAGACUUUCAGGUUCUGCUGGUCACGUCGUCUUUCAUGUCGCCCACGGAAAGCCGUAACGGCACAAACACAAACCGCGUGCGUCUCUUCGGGCCGAGCCAGCUGGUGAAGGCCAUGGCACAGGAGAAGUGGGACUGUGUGAAGAUCGUGUGCAGUCAGCCGUACAGCAAGUCAAUAGCGUACGGAGUUGCCUUCAUAAAGCUGCACUCUCCUCCGGACGCUAACGAUGUUCCUGUCUCGACUCCUCCGGUGAGUGCUGCCCCUCCGGCGUCCCGCUGUUUGACGGCCUGGAAUCGCCAUCAAAGCCGUCAGACUUAUUUCAGCUCCUGGACUCCAUGUUCAGACAUUCCCAUCCAGUUCCAGUUAAACUCAAUCUCUGUUUCUCGUUGUUUUUCCAGGUAUCUCAUGAACGGAGCCGAGUCCAGUUCAGAGAGUGAGGCAGAAGAGGAUGAGAGCGAGGAGGAGACGCAGAAAGCGAAAACACCAGAAAAGAGGCAGACGACCCCAAAAAAGCAGCCGAUUAAGGAAGAGGAGGAGGAGGAGGAGUACGGAGGUUCAACAGAUGCUGAAGAUCCAGCGGAUGACGGGUCUGGCAUGGACACUGAAGAUGAGCUGAACAGGGUGGAAAUGGAGAGCAGGAGGAAGAAAGCAGCGAAGGAAAGUGCAGCGGUUCAGGUGAAAGAUGAAGAUCUGUACGGCGGCUCUACUGAUGAGAACACGGAUGCUGAGGAAGAGGAGGAUAAACCCAUCCCCGAACUACCAGACUUCCUAACAGGAAAACGCUUCUAUCUUUACGGCAAGUUCCCUGACAACCAGAAGAGGCAACUUCAACGCUACAUCAUCGCCUUCAACGGAGCUGUCGAAGACUACAUGAGCGAGAAGGUCCAGUUUGUCGUCACCAGCGAGGGAUGGGACGAAUCGUUUGAGGAUUUUCCAUUUGCAGUCAUGGUUGUCUUGCUCUGCAGUCGUGCCAGCUUUACCUCGCCGAAGCGUCACAUUCGUUCCCUUGAGCAAAGUUCUUGA